AUGACUUCCAAGUUCUCUCAUUCUCAAUCUCAUUCGUUUUCAAAGCAAAAGCUUUUUUUGAUUUGUUUCUUGAUUGUCUUCAUACCCUUCUUGCUCUUUGUGUUUUCGGCUAAGAACAAAAGAGUCGCAGUUAUCACCAGCACGGUUCAGGUGGAGAAGAAGACAAAACCAGCUUGGUUCGACGUUAUCGCAAAGGGUAUUAAAAACAAAGAGAAGAUUAAGGUAGGCCUCGUUAAUAUCGAUGAAAGAGUGGACGGUAACGUAUAUGAACAGCUAGAUACACUUCAUCCACAAGUAGAGACUGUAUCUGUCGAUUUUGAACGUGUCGAUGAGAAUUUGAAAUGGAAGGAGUUUUUUCCUGAGUGGAUCGAUGAAAAUGAGAAAUGGGGUAAACCAACGUGCCCCAAAAUGCCAAUGCCGGCGUUGGAGAAUUAUGAGGAUCUUAAUGUUGUGGUGGCUAAAGUUCCAUGUGGGAAGGAAGGGAUUAGGGAUGUGUAUGGGUUGCAAGUUAAUUUGGUGGUGGCUAAUUUGGCGGUAGAGAAUGGGUGGGUAACGGAGAUGGACGGUGAUCAUAGGAAGGUUUAUGUUGUGUUUAUUGGGUCUUGUGGGCCCAUGGUAGAGAUUUUCAGAUGUGACGACCUUUUAAUGCAUCAAGGUGCAUAUUGGGUGUAUAAGCCUGAUUUGAGAAGCCUAAAGCAGAAAACGCUUAUGCCUAUUGGUGCAUGCCAGGUAGCUCGUGGUUAUGCAGAAACAGGUAAAGAGGUAUGGAGGCGUCAUAUCGGAAAGUUAGCCUAUGUAACUAUCCUUCACUCAUCAGAAGCUUAUGUUUGUGGUGCAAUAGCUCUUGCUCAAAGCAUCCUUCAAACCAAGAAUAAAAUCUAUCAUACCAGAGACCUAAUCCUCCUGGUUGAUAAAUCAAUUGGUCCUGAAUCCAUCAAGGGUCUAAAAGCUGCAGGAUGGAAGAUCAAGCGCAUUCAACGUAUCUUAAACCCCUUUGCCAAAAGUGGUGCAUACAACCAAUGGAACUAUAGCAAGCUACGAAUAUGGCAACUCACCAUGUAUGACAGAAUCAUCUUUAUAGAUUCUGAUCUUUUAGUCCUAAAGAACAUCGAUUAUUUCUUCUUUUACCCUCAAUUAUCAGCUGCACCUAAUGAGAAAACACUAUUCAACUCCGGGUUAAUGAUAGUUGAGCCAUCCCAGUGCAUGUUCGAGAACAUGAUGCAGAAAACUUCCGAGGUGAAACCAUAUAACGGAGGUGACCAAGGUUUUCUUAACCAGAUUUUCACAUGGUGGCACCGUUUGCCAUCGAAGCUAAAUUACCUGAAAUCUUUUGACACGCAGGGAGGUAACAAUGAAAAGCAUGAGGUACCAGAGGAUGUGUAUACCAUACAUUAUUUGGGUUUGAAGCCAUGGAUGUGUUACAGAGAUUAUGAUUGUAAUUGGGACAUGAAGGAUCACCAUGUUUUUGCGAGUGACUCGGCUCACGAGAGGUGGUGGCAGUUGUACGACGCCAUGCCGAAAGAGUUGCAAUCUUAUUGUGGACUUACAGAGAAAAUGAAUAAAAGGAUUGUAAAGUGGAGAAGAAUAGCAAGAAAUGCUAGUUUAUCUGAUGGGCAUUGGAAGAUUGAGGUUAAGGAUCCUCGAAAGGAAGCAAUUAUUUAA